AUGUACGGAAUGGUACGUGACUCGCCCUUUGGGCAGAUUGUCCGAUUCGUCACCAAGAAUACGUAUUUCCGAUAUCCCGAAGAACAAGAAGGGUUUACGCACCCCUACUACACCUCCGAUCCUUUCCCAAAGGAGGCCGAGGCAGAACAAUCUACGACUUCGAAUGCCGGCCUAGAGGAUACUGCCACCCUUGGUUCUGGCAAACAAGGCGAUCGAGAUUCUACAGGAGAUCUUCCGAUCUCUGGAUCUGAUGAAGAUUUGGAGAAUAACAACACGGAGAACCCUAUUGAAAGGGUGGUUACGAUCCAAAUGGUCGAUUGGUACACUACUGAUGAUCCUGAGAACCCGCAAAAUUGGAGUGCCUUUCAAAAAGGCUUUAUCGCUUUCCAGAUUUGCAUUUAUUCCUUUGCCGUGUACUUUGGUUCCUCCAUCUACGUCGGCGCCGUUCCCGAGGUUGUCCAGCGAUUCGGCGUCAGCAUCGAAGUGGCCUCAUUAGCCCUCUGUCUAUAUGUCUUUGGGUACGGCCUUGGUGCCAUGUUAUUCUCCCCACUCAGCGAGAUCGCCGCUAUUGGGAGAAAUCCCCCAUAUAUCAUCACGCUAUUCAUUUUUACCAUUCUAUGGGUUCCGGCAUCCGUUGUGGAUAACUUCCCCGGAUUUGUGGUCCUUCGGUUCUUGACUGGCUUUUUCGGUGCUCCAUGCCUUGCAACUGGAGGUGCUUCACUGAGCGAUGUUUACCCGCUUAUCCAUGUCCCGUAUCUGUUGAUCAUCUGGGGCGCAGCCACUGUUUUCGGUCCUGCUCUGGCGCCAGUCGUCUCAAACUUUAGUGCUCCCGUCAAAGGAUGGCAUUGGGUAUCUUGGGAGAUGCUGUGGCUCAGUGCCCCGAUUCUCAUCAGCUUCUUCUUCCUCGUACCCGAGACAUCAUCGGCCACUAUUCUGUACCACCGAGCAAAGCGAUUACGAAGAAUUACCGGAAACGACAGAUACCGUUCACAAGUCGAGAUUGAUCAAGCUAAGCAGCACCUGACGAUGAAGGAUAUCCUAUACAACGCCAUCAUCAAGCCGGUCGAAAUCAACGCUCUUGAUCCUUCAGUGCUUUUCUCAACCGUCUACACCAGUCUUGUCUACGCCAUCUUUUAUUCCUUCUUCGAAGCCUUUCCCAUUGUGUUCUCGGAAACGUACCACUUUGACUUUUCUGUCUCCGGACUCCCGUUCUUGGGCGUAUUGCCAGGAUUGUUCGUUGCGUGCACCUUGUGUGUCUUGGGUUGGCACUACCAAGUCGUCAAACCGUUUCAAACCGAAGGGUUCAAGGCAUUUGGAAUACCAGAGAACCGUCUUGUACCGGCAUUGUUUGCAUGCUUUUGGCUUCCGGCAGGCCUAUUUCUUUUCGCAUGGACGGCUCGCCCAAGCGUUCACUGGAUUGCUUCCAUCAUAGGCUUAUCGAUGUCUAUUAUCGGUACAUUCACAAUUAUUGCGUGUAUCUUUCAGUAUCUGGCCUUCACCUACCCAAAGUACUCGGCGUCUUUGUUUGCGGCAAACGACUUUGCCCGGUCGACGCUCGCAGCCGCCGCCAUCAUGUUCUCGCGACCAAUGUUUGUUCACCUGGGGAUACACUGGGGAGUGUCUUUGCUUGCAUUUUUGGACAUCAUUUGCUGCAUUUUACUGUUUGGACUCUGGAAAUUCGGGCCCAAGCUGCGAGCCCGCAGUCGCUUCGCUGAGUCAUAA